GUUAUAGGUAUUUGUUUCAAACAAAAAAGAAAAUUUUUUAUUUUGAAUAGAAAAUCUAUAUUUUUUCUUAUAUUUAUGCAUUUCUAUUUUAAUAUCAGUGCAAAGUGGAUAUAUGUCUUCAUUUCUUGCAGCAUAUUCAUGAUUGUUAUUCUAGAGAUCUUACUCAACUACACACAAUUUAUCUACACUUAUGAUUAAAUUUUUUCCCAGAAAAUUAAAUAUAUACUGUAAAAGUGUUUUUUAUCCUGUAAGAUGUGCACAGGAUGUAAUUCUUGUUGAAUGUUAUUCUUGUAUAACUAGAUUUUUUCAAAAAGAAGUAGUCUCACUAAACACUGUGAAUUUCUUACUUGUGAGAAAUACUAUUCUUCUAGCGUAAUAGGAGAAUAAUAAGAGUUUUUCACAGAGAGAUCUCACUAAGCUCAAUCGUGAUAAUAUGGGUGAGAAGCUUUAUUCUUGCAGUAUAUGUAAUAAGAGUUUUUCACGUGGAAGUCUACUGACUGAACAUUAUCGUGUUCAUACAGGUGAGAAACCUUAUUCUUGUAGUGCAUGUAAUAAGAGUUUUAGACAAAGAGGUCAACUGACUGUACACAAUCGUAUUCAUACUGGUGAAAAACCUUAUUCUUGUAGUGUAUGCGAUAAGAGAUUUUCAUUAAAAGGUCAUUUGACUCAACAUAGUAGUGUUCAUACAGGUGAGAGGCCAUAUUCUUGUAGUAUAUGUUCUAAGAGAUUUUCAUUAAAAGGUUAUUUGACUGAACAUAGUCGUGUUCAUACUGGUGAGAAACCUUAUUCUUGUAGUAAAUGUAAUACAGGAUUUUCAACUAGAUUUGGUUUGACUCAACAUAGUCGUAUUCAUACUGGUGAGAAACCUUAUUCUUGUAGUAUAUGUAAUAAGAGAUUUUCAACUCGAUCUUAUUUGACUGUACAUAGUCGAGUUCAUACUGGUGAGAAGCCUUAUUCUUGUAGUAAAUGUGAUAAAAGAUGUUCAACUAGAGCUAAAUUGACUCAGCACAGUCGUGUUCAUGCAGGUGAGAAGCCUUAUUCUUGUAGUAUAUGCAAUAAGAGAUUUUCAACUCGAUCUAAUUUGACUGAACAUAGCCGUGUUCAUACUGGUGAGAAACCUUAUUCUUGUAGUACAUGUAAUAAGAGAUUUUCAACAAGAUCUAGUUUGACUCUACAUAGUCGUAUUCAUACUGGUGAGAAACCUUAUUCUUGUAGUAUAUGUAAUAAGAAAUUUUCUCGAAGCGGUCAAUUGACUAAACACAGUCGUAUUCAUACUAGUGAGAAGCCUUAUUCUUGUGGUAUAUGUCAUAUGAGAUUUUCAAUAAAAUGUUAUUUGACUCGACAUAGUCGUGUUCAUACUGGUGAGAAGCCUUAUUCUUGUAGUAAAUGUCAUAAGAGAUUUUCAUUUCGAUUUUAUUUGACUGUACAUAGUCGAGUCCAUACAGGUGAGAAGCCUUAUUCUUGUAUUAUAUGUCAUAAGAGAUUUUCACAAAAAGGUAGUUUGACUCGACAUAGUCUUGUUCAUACUGGUGAGAAGCCUUAUUCUUGUAGUAAAUGUAAUAAGAGUGUUUCAUGUAGAAGAGUACUGACUGAACAUUAUCGUAUUCAUACAGGUGAGAUGCCUUAUUCUUGUAGUAUAUGUAAUAGGAGAUUUUCAACUAGGUCUAAUUUGACUAAACAUAGUCAUGUUCAUAUUGGUGAGAAACCUUAUUCUUGUAGUAUAUGUAAUAAAAGAUUUUCAAGUAGAGCUAAUUUCAUGCUACAUAAUCGUAUUCAUACUGGUGAGAAACCUUAUUCUUGUAGUGUAUGUAAUAAGAGAUUUUCAAAUAGAGGUUAUUUGACUCGUCAUAGUCGUCUUCAUACUGGUGAGAAACCUUAUUCUUGUAGUGUAUGUAAUAAGAGAUUUUCAGAUAGAGGUCAUUUAACUCGACACAGUCAUCUUCAUACUGAUGAGUAACCAGUAUGAAACUGGUGCAUUCAUUUUUGCAGCAUAUGUAAAAAGUGACUGACUGAACAUUCCCAAUGAAGAAACACUUUCUUUUUGCUUCCAUUAUAAGUAAGAAAUUUCACAGAAGUGUCAUUAAACUUAACACAUUUUAAUGAAGCUGAAUUUUUUUUUCUUUUCAAAAUAUUUUAUAAUGCAGUUUUCAUUGUAUUUUUCUGUUUUUACUCUUAUUUAAUAUCUGUAAAAUAAGCUCCAGUAUUGAAAAGUUGUGGAUUAAAAUUAAAAUGCAUUGUUGUAAACACAUCUUAGUAGAAGUUGUAACCUUGGUAACUGGUUAUAAAUUGUUUUUUAUUCUCUUAGCCUGAGAAUCCUGAGUUGUAGAUAAUAUUUUUUAAUAUUAGUUAAAAAAAAAAAUUAAAUAGCAGCCUUUAAUUAAAAUUGCAUGUGACAUCUUUUAUUUAAUGAAUGUUUUGAAGUAAAUUUGGUUUAACUGCAAGUAUGAAACAUAUAGGUAAAGUAAUAUUUGUUUUAAAAUAUCAAUAUUUUGUUCUUAAAUCUAAAUUUAUAUAAGUUUUCAUCAUUUUAUAAAUCUUAUAUUUAUGUUACUGAAAUAUUACUGUGCUGACAUGACAUCUUAUAUUUAUGUUACAGAGAUACGAGUUUUUUUUAAAAUGAUUACUAUUGAAAUAAAUUUUAUGAAACAAUUGUAUAUUUUAUGAACAAAUUAUUGUAUUUUUUAUAUUCUGUAUAUGGUAUAUGUUAUUCUGAAUGUUGUAUUAUUCUGUUUAUGGUUACAAGAAAAUGCACUUCAUUUAAUAUUAGACUUUGUAUUGUAACAUAAUGAUCAAAAAGUAAGAAAUAAACUUUCGAAAAUA